CAUAUAAGAAGCCAAGGUCGACAGCCACCGUUACACAUUUAAGUCCAAUUAACGCGGUUGCAGUUUCACUGCUCGGUGAAAACCCAACUCUCUGCUGUCUACAACCGCGUACUGCUAGAAAUUUUUGGGGUAAUGGAGAAGAAAGGCAUUUUUCCACUGAAAUAUCCGAGAUUCAUCCUGUUGACCAAUGGUCCUCCAAACCAAACCCCUGUCAUGGAUAUCCCGGAUGAAUUUCUUACCGCUGUUGGAGAAAAAAUUCCAAACAAUGUGAAAAUUCAGUUUCCAAACGGGCGCGUGGUACAUGUCCACUAUAGAAGGGAUUCCAAGAGACUCACCCAUCUGGAUCCUUUGUAUCUUGAACUCGGAAGGGAGUCUGGAUUUUUCCUAGUAAUGGCCUAUAAGGGAAACGGCAUAUUCUCAGUUGUUGUUAUUGGCCACGGUUCUACUGAAAUCGAAUAUGGAAAAAACAGAUGUGUUGCUAGGUCUCCAGUCAUGUGGCAAGGUAAUAUCCAGUGGCUUUACACACUAACUUCUUACUACAUUGACCUAUCUUAUUAGAUUAAGACGACUUCUAUUACUUGCAACUUCACUUAAGUUAGUUAACAUUUUAAUUAUAAUCCAGUAAUUUAAUUAGCAUAGCUAUUACUUAAGGAAUCCAUGUGAAUAA